UAGCGUAGUAACUUAAGAAAGUACAUCGAAUGUCGGUUUGCAAGUCCGCAAAGUGCACAACAAUGUAACUAAUCAUUCAUUGGACUAUAUACAUGUAAAGUUACAGGAGUAAAAAUAGCCUUCAAGAAUGAAAAUUAUUAAACAUGUCCAGCGGUUUGAACAUGUCUAAAACUGCAGUAAAACGAAUCAAGCAGAGCGAACUCCAGCUGAAUUCGACCAUCCACAAAAUCAACUCAUCCUUAGCAGAAAGUCUCCAUCAAAUCGAACACAAUGUGCGAAAAAUCGAGCAGGAACAAGGGCAACAAAAAGGCGAGUACCAGCCGUAUUACCUGCGGCGACGUCACUCCAUCGAACAAAUUGUCGAGUCCGACAAUGCCUUCCCGUUAAACAACGAGCUUCGCGAGAGAGCGAGCAGUGUCGGCAGCAACCCAACAGCAACAUGCAAACAGCAAACUCUGAGCAACUCUCCAUCCAAAGAAUCGGUGUCAUCUGAAGGAAGUAUUGGAAGACGUGAUGUCAGUCCUCAGAGACAAACAUUCCGGAAAAGUGAAACAGCAGACGUCAAUCUUCCGUCCAGUUUAUCCCAGUUCUACCAAUUCGGUCGAAGAAGAGAAUCUAGACGAAAUUCAUUACCAAUGAGUUUUAGUCUCCAGAACUCUCAUGACCUUCACGGACAUAGCAAAGACACACAUGGUAAAGAAGGAAUUACUGUUCGUCUGAGGCGCGUGGAACACGAACUUUCUCAAAGAAAACCAAAGAGCAGACGACAACUUACCACCUCAAGCAUGACGUCCAUUGAUGAGAGAAAAGAGCAGGAGAAGUUGGAGGAUGAGAAACGACAGCAGGCCGUUGAGGAAUAUGUAAAUUCUAUUGAGGAAUGUAGUUACCUCCGAACCAAAACGCAACACGAAUUAUCAGUAAAGGAAGUCUUCCGGAAAUAAGUUUAUGUGAAUGUGUGUUUGAGUUGAAAAUGAUUCCACCUUUGAAAAUACAACAGAUAUUUUACAUUGU